CGUAGCCGUAGGGUUCUUUCUUUGUUUCUGAGAUUUCAAUCAGUCCCCCACCUCAUCAGCGGAAACUGAAAGUAGUACUGGAAGGGAAGAAGACACUCAACCUUUUCCAGACCUGGGAGAUCUGGAAGCAGCUUGCGAUUCCAUCGACGAUCAUACAAGUAAGAUAUCCCAGGCGUGUAACGACCAGAUGGAUAUGGCAUCGGCAGCGGCAGGCGUGUGGGUGGUGCCCCGUGCCGCUGGAGAAAACACGAAGGAAGCAAAAGUUAGGCAUCCCAGCCACAGCCAUCCUCUGGUCAAAUGUACUGUAGAUCUAGAUGGAACGGGUUGCCAGGAAUGCGGUCAACCUUUUCCCCCAGGAGGGGUUGCUUAUGGAUGUAAAGAUUGCGCUUAUUAUCUGCACCUGCCCUGCCUCCCGGCUGUACAUACUACCCUCCAUCCGCGACACCCACUUACCCCUAGAUAUCGCACGGACGAGAAAGAUAUCUAUAGUUGCGAGAUCUGUCAUCGGUUAGCUGACGUGACCUUCCACUGCGACCCUUGCGGCUUCCACCUAUGCGAGUAUUGCAUGUCUUUUGCCCCCACCUGCAGAUUUGAACACGAUGGACACACUUUUGUAUCCUUCGAGAAAGGAGAUUAUGAACACCCCGUUCUCCUUCGGUGUCUUCCUCAAUAUGCCUGCCCCAUCUGCGGCAAAAGUGGUGAUACCAAGUACUUCAGGUGCCUGUCUCCUGGCUGUUUCAACUAUUGCCAUUUCCACUGCAUUCCAUUUGACGUGCCCAAGACCAUCAAGCACGAGUAUCACUAUCAUCCUCUUACCUUCACCGAGUCUUAUGCCGAAGAAGGCAGGGCCGAACAUUACUGUGAUGCUUGUGAAGAAGAGAGAGACCCAAUGGCUCCAGUGUAUCGCUGUGAAGAAUGCGACUUUACUGCUCAUACUGCUUGCGCGAUAUCCAAAGUUCUGCCAGCACUGAUUGCAGAGAGGGACGCCAAUCCAUCCAUGGUUCCUGUUCCUUUCUGCACAGACCCAGUCCUCAGGGAGCUAGACCUCGGUAUUGCUCGACUCCUCGAUAAAGCCUGGUCUCUAAGAAGGGCUUUGGAAAGAACUGUAGCAAAAUUGGAGAAAACGGAGAGAACUUGUGCUAGAUAUUCUGCAUUUAUGCAGAGGGACUUAUGAACUUCUUCAUGCCAUGGAGUGGAGAUUUCUGCUGCUUGCUUACAUGCAUAUAUACACAUUUGUUUUGUGAAAUCUCAUGUCUUUUGUAAUGUCAUGGUCUGAAGCUGCCUGGGACUGGGAGGGAACUCAAUCACUCGAGACUAGGCAUGACUUGCCUUCACCCUUCCUUAUUCAUUUUAAUUAAGCAGUUCCUGCUGCCAA